AUGUCGCCCGAUUUAAAAACAAGAUUAGAUAAAGGAUUAAAAGAUGAUGCUGAAAUUCGUGACCUUUGGUUAGAGGGAAUUUAUAACCGAGAUCAUCGACAAACAUUUAAAAAGACCAAUGAAUUUUAUGAUUUUAUUAUUAUUGGAGCUGGAACUGCAGGAUGUGUAUUAGCGAGGGAAUUGAUUUAUAAUAUCCCCCAUAUUAAUAUUUUGGUAUUAGAAGCUGGUCCACCAAGUACACAAAUUAAUGAUAUAAUGCGUUCACCAUGUGCUUUUCAUUCGGCUUUUCGAGCGGUUGAAACAGAUUGGGGAUAUUCUUCUGAAGAUCAAAAAAUGCCUGGUAUUAUUGAUCCUAAUAAAGAAGUAUUAAAUAAAGGGUCUCAUUAUCCACGUGGCAAGGUUAUUGGAGGAUGCAGCACUGUGAAUGCAAUGAUUUAUAUAAGAGGUCAAAAAGCUGAUUACGAUCUUUGGGCUGCUCAAGGUUCAGAAUACAAAAUUUGGGAUUAUGAUCACUGUCUUGAAGCUUUUAAAGCGGUUGAAAACAAUGCGCGUAAAAGUACUGAUGAAGAAUUUAAAAAGUAUCAUGGGUUCAAUGGUUUGCUUCACGUACAAGAUGGUCAAAUUGAUUUCGAUGAUAUUAUAAAAGAUGUUAUUAAAGUUGCAAAAAAUCUUGGAAUUCCCUAUAAUAAUGAUUUCAAUGGCGUUAGACAAUAUGGAAUAGGAAAACAUCAGCAUACGAUGAAAGAUGGAAAGCGCUUUUCGUUGGCUGACGGUUAUUUAACAGAUGCAUUAAGAAAAGUUGAGACUUAUCCCCCUUCAAAACCAUUCGAAAUAGGGUCUCCUCACGGAUUAAGCGAUGAUGCUGCAAAGUUCGUGGCAGUUAACGUUAAAUCUUCUACUCACGUGUUGAAUAUUAUUUGGGAUGAGAAAAAGAAAGAUGAAAAUGUUGCAAUUGGCGUAAAGUAUUUUUAUGACGGUAGAGUUCAUGAAUCUUUUAUUGCUCCAAAGGGUGAAGUGAUUAUUUGCGGUGGUGCUUUUAAUAGCGCUCAGAUUUUAAUGCUUUCUGGAAUCGGACCAAAAAACAAUUUGGAAGAAAAUAAUAUCAAAGUUCGUAAAGAAUUACCAGUAGGACGCAAUUUACUUGAUCAUCCUACAUGUGGAAUCACUGGCGAAGUUUCCGUUCUAAAUGGUACAAGUAAUUCUCAAUUGAAUUAUUCGAGUUGUGGAUUGGAACUUGCAAUGUUUUAUAAAGGUGAUAAUAAAGGAAAAGUUCUUAACCAAAAACAUUUCCUUGAUGAACGUCCUGAUAUUCAAUUACAUGUGAGUACAAGUAUACUCGAUCCCGCUAAUGCUACAUCAGGAAAAAAAAAUGAUAUUCUCACCCUUUUAUCGACUCUUAAUCUUCCAUCAAGUGUUGGUCAUUUGGAAUUACGUAGUUCUAAUCCAUUUAUGCAUCCAAAAAUAUUUCUUAAUUUUUAUGAAAAACCUGAUGAUUUAUAUUUAAUGAUGAGCAGUCUUAAAUUAUCAUGUGAAAUUUUCAAACAACCUCCAUUAAGCACUGUUUGGGGCGUUGAAUCUUAUGAAUAUAAAGAGAUGAGUGAUGAAGAUUGGGAACAAUAUAUUCGUGAAAAAACAUUCUCAUCAUCCCACGCAUGCAGUACUGUAAAAAUGGCACCAGAAUCUCAAGGAGGAUGUGUUGAUCAUCGCCUUCAGGUUUAUGGAACAAAAAAUCUUCGAGUUGCUGACGCUUCAAUUUUUCCAACUAUUCCGGCUGGUAACCUUAAUGCUCCUGUCGCUAUGGUUGCAUGGAGAGCAAGUAGAUUAAUUGAGGAAGAUUAUAAAAAUAAAGCUUAACGAUAAAGAAA